AUGGCCGUUGAAGAUGUCGGAGACGACGCGCAGAAUAGCAAUGGCCAGAAACAAGCUGAGCCGGAGAAUUAUGACUACGAUGCUGAAACUGUAGAGCGGGUGUACAAGAAACUCGACUGCAGAAUCAUUCCACCAUUCUGGCUGCUCUACUUUCUGUGCUCUGCCAUCCGCUCCAACAUUGGAAUCGCUCAGACAAUGAACGUGCGGGAGAAGCAUGACCUUGUGUCGGUCCUGCACUUGACAGCCAAAGAUACGUCUACCGCUUUGGCACUGUUCUACGUCUCGUACGUCAUUUUCGACGUCCCGUCAAACUUGAUCAUGGCCAGGGUGAGCCCACGAGCAUGGAUGGCACGCAUCGUCUUGACCACUGGUCUCGUCGGAGCCUGUUUCGCAGCCGUCGACAGUGCCUGGAGCCUAAAGCUCCUGCGGUUCCUGUUGGGAAUGGUGAUUGCGGGAAUGUGGCCCGGCAUGGCUUUUUACCUGACUCUUUUCUAUCCGCCGUCCAGAACGGGCAAGCGCAUCGGCAUGUACUUUACCGCCUCGCAGGUUUCCGCCGCUGUUGUCGGCUUGGUUUCAGCCGGGUUCCAGCUGAUGGAUGGCGUCGGUGGCCUCGAGGGUUUCCGCUGGAUGUUCCUGAUCUAUGGCCUCGUCGGCAUUGCCCUCGGCACCGCCUUGUUCUGGUGGCUGCCCGAAAGACCUUUGGCUCCCGGGCAGAUGAGGGAACCGUCAACGUGGCUGAACUGGAUGCCACGAACCCCCGAGGCUCUGACGGGACAAGAUGCCGUUGUCCACUACCACGACCUCGCAAGAGUGUACCACCCGAGACGCUGGACCCUGAAGGAUCUAGGCCGUGUGCUUUUGGACUGGCGACUCUGGCCGCUGACCCUCAUGUACUUUGGGGUCGUCGGUGUCGGCAUCGGGACUCAACUGUACGGAUCCGUCAUCAUUGCUGCCAUUCAGCCGAAAGCAAGCGCCAUAACAGUCAGCUUGCUUUUCGCGCCCAUCUGGAUUAUGGACCUCAUUGCCAUUGUCAUCGUCACCCCUCUGUCGGAUCGCUUCCACCACCUGCGCGCAUUCUUCUUUGCCGGAGCAGUCUGCAUCCAGAUUGCCGGCCUGCUCACGACAACGUUUGCCCUUGGGAACGGCUGGGCCCGAUACGGCGGCCUCCUCAUGGUCGGCUUCGGCCUCGGUCCCACCGUGCCCAUUUGCAUGGCUUGGAGCUCCGAGAUUUUCCAGCGGCGGCACGGAGAGGUUGGCGUUGCCGCCGCCACAGCCCUGGUGUCUGGGCUGGGCAAUCUAGGCAGCAUCACGACAACCUACGCCUUGUACACGGGCUGGCCGGAGGAUGCCGCCAAGGGGCCCCGUCAGUUCCGCAAGAGCAAUCUCACCAUGAUUGGCAUACUGUGCCUGAGCAUCGCCAGCGCGUUGGCCAUGGCGGUCCUGCUCCGCGUGUUUGGCAACCCACCGAGCACGAAGCUGCCCGACGGCCCGUUGGGCGAGUUCGAGGACGGGGCAGCCCGACGAGAGGCCCGACAGCGUGGUUUCGGCAAGUUGCCUGCCUGGGCUGGGACUCGCCGGGCGUGA